AUGUUAUUAAUUUUAAAUAUUAUUAUGACUUUCUUGACCACUUGGCAUCUUGCCCUAUUAAGUUGUUACGAAAAUAGUUGCUAAUUGACGCACGUAACACGUUUUCCGUUUUUUAUUUCACAAGUCACAACAAAAUGGCACUAUCCAGAGCCAGACCAAACGUAAAUAACGAGGUUUUUGAUCGAUAUUGGAUCGAACAAAUCAUUUUGGAACUUGGUGAUGAAUAUCAAAUAAGAGUGCAGUGGGAUGUAACUACUGCUAUUUUAACCGGAACCUUUGCAUUGGCUGGUGGCUUAGUCGGUGGCUAUGCAGGUGGCCGGUUAGGGGCUGCUAUUGGUGCAGGGGUGGGUGGUGUUGCUGGAUUUGCAUUGGCAUCACUUCGUGAAAUAUGGUCUCUUAUCCGAGAUAAAUUGGAGGAGUUGAUUUACAUAGUGUUCAAUUAUUUGAGAAGGAUUGAUCCAGUAGACUAUGUUCGAGCAUUCGACAUUCUGAUGGCCUGCACGGCCAGUAGAAGGGAACUAGUGUUUACUAUCCUGGACUUUCUAGCAGAGAAACUCGGUAGACAAGUUGUAUCUAGUUUAACAGUGGCUUGAUAAAAUCCAUGUUUAAUUUAAUGCCUAAGGCUGCACAGAGCUCUUUGAUUGUUAUCAGAUCAGUUAUCAGAGAUCAAAAGCAUCAACAUUCAGAAAGUGUUUGAAAAAAACUUAUUCUGAAUAAAAAAAAUUGACUUUGACUUCAGACUUUGAAUAGUAUGUAAAAAUUUAUUUCAAUAAUGUAAGUAUUUAUAAUUGCUUAUUUGCGCGGGACGUAUAUAAAUUGAUCCUAAAAAUCAAACAAUUAAGCAUUCAUUAUCGCCGAGUGAUUGUUAAGUUGUGUGUGGCCUAAGCAAUAAAACAAAAUCCCAUAUGAAAGAAAUACCUAUUUUUACCAUAAUAUAUGAGGCAUGCGCACUAGAGUUUUUCCUGCAGCACCAAUUUCUGAUAAUGGUUUAAAUUUUUAACAAAAGAAUAUUAGAAAGUUAGUGAUAUUUGUAAUAACGUCAAUUAUUAUUAGUA